AUGUUGUCGAAUCUUCAGCCAUUGAAGGUUUAUGCCUCGCCUAUCCACACGGCUGCUACUCCGCGCGCGAAGCAAGAGACGGCCGCGUCUGUAAGCUAUCUCGUUGAGCAACUGUGCGCGGGCUCGCAAGUACCUGAAGCGCUGAGCGUGCUAGAUCUGUGCACUGGGACCGGCUGCAUUCCGUUGCUGUUUGCAAACGAUCUGACCAGGAAAACUCGCAAUCUCAAUCAGCUUGAGGUGUUAGGUGUAGACAUCUCAGCAACGGCUGUCAGAUUGGCUCAGUCUAACCAUGAGCGCUUCAGGGAACAGGCGAACACCAAUGGAUUGGGGUUCAACACAGCUCCAAUCACUCGCCCACCAGGUGUAAAGGCGGACUCCCAAAGAGACAAACAGAAAAUCACAUUACAAGUACAGUUCGUACGUGGUAAUAUUCUUCAAGCAGAAUCAACAGCAAAGGCCAACGUUCCGAGCCUUACGCAUGUGCUGCAAGACGUCGGCCGCACGCGUUGGGACAUCCUCAUUUCUAAUCCACCGUAUAUCUCUCCUGCAGCAUUCAACAAAGACACCGCCCGGUCUGUUCGUAACUUCGAGCCGAAGCUGGCACUAGUUCCUCCAGGUUUGCCAAACAGAUCAGAUGAGGAGCAGGGAGACCUAUUCUACCCUCGUCUACUCGCCAUAGCGGAUGAUGUGCAAGCAAGGAUCGUGCUUGUCGAAGUUGCGGACCUAGCCCAGGCCGUCCGAGUCGCGAAAUUUGCCGGCCAAACAGGCUCAUGGGACGGCAUUGAAGUUUGGCGCGACGAUCCGUCCGCUACAUGGACUGAAACAAUCGAAGGCUUCAAGAUACGAGGUAGCGGUAAUGGACGUUCUGUCUUCCUAUGGAGAAGAGAGGCUGCAUGUUGGCUCCCCUUGAACCUGACAAAGUGGUCAAGGUAA